AAAUAGAGCCCAUAUAUUAAUCAGGCCCAAUGUAAAUAAGUGAAAUAAUUAAAAAGAAAGAGAAGUGACGGCCCAAACUAGAAAACCGAAGCAACGCAGAGAGUUGAGAACGGAAGAGAAGAUACAUUUCUUCUUCUUCUUCCUCCCAAUUGGCUAAUGGUGCUGCGGCUGAACCCUCUAGAACACUUGGGUGGUGAAUAUUAGCACUUAAACUAAAGAGCCUCUGUCAUUAAUCGAGAAUACCAUAUGAAUCGGAUGAAAUAUUGGGCUCUUAGAAGUCAAUACUUCCACUCUUUGUCUGCAUUUCAACAACUUGAACAGACAUCAAGAAAAGCUUCUGCCUUGAUAGAAAACUCUACCAACACAAAUGAAACACCUAAGAUUAAGAAAAAGAAAUUUGUAUCUCAUGAAGUGGCAAUUAAAUUAAUAAGGCGCGAGAAUGAUCCACAGCAUGCACUGGAAAUCUUCAACAUGGUUUCUGAUCAAGAGGGGUUUAAUCACAACAAUGCCACAUACGGUAUUAUCCUCCACAAAUUGGCUGCUUGCAAAAGAUUUGAGAUGGUUGAUGCUGUUCUUCACCAGAUGUCCUAUGAGACUUGUAAAUUCCGUGAAGGUAUAUUCAUUAACCUCAUGAAGCAUUUCUCGAAGUCAUCUCUUCAUGAAAAGGUGCUGGAUUCGUUUAAUGCAAUUGAGCCAAUCGUACGUCAAAGGCCAACUCUUAGGGCCAUUAGCACGUGCCUCAAUCUCUUGGUGGAAGCCAACAAGAUUCAUAUGGCUAAGCAGUUUCUAUUACAUGCCCGUGAAAAUCUCCAUUUAGAGCCCAACGCGUGCAUUUUCAACAUACUUGUCAAACAUCAUUGCAGGAAUGCAGAUCUUGAGGCAGCGUUUGAAGUGGUUAAAGAGAUGAGGAAGUCACAAGUUUCUUAUCCCAACUUGAUCACAUACUCAACACUCAUGGAUGGGCUGUGCCGGUGUGGAAGAAUCCAAGAGGCAAUCAACUUGUUUGAAGAAAUGGUCUCAAAAGAUCAGAUAAUACCUGAUGCUCUGACUUAUAACAUCUUAAUAAGAUGGGUUUCUCAAGGAGGGGACAUCGAAAAAGGUAGGAGAAUAUUGGAUUUCAUGCAAAAGAACGGGUGCCCACCGAAUUCCAUUAAUUACACAACCUUGAUGCAUGCAUGCUGUGAGCAAGGAAGAUUAGACGAGUGCAUUGCGAUUUUCACUGAAAUGAAGGGUUAUUUCAAUAAACUUGAUACGGUUUCCUAUACAGUUCUUAUAAACUGCAUGUGUAAGUGCGGCAGAGUUGAUGAAGCCGUAAAUUUGCUUGAGAAGAUGAAAGAAAACGGUCACAUAUCCGAUGAUGUUGCAGUUAGGAUUAUACUUGCAGCAUUGUGCAAGGAUCACAAGUGGGAUGAAGCUUUGCAUUUAGUGGAGAGCUUAUCUAAGGAGGGGGUAGUAUACCUUAGCAAGGGAUGUUACCGGAUCGUGUUGAAUGUGCUUUGCAAUGAAGGUGAACUGGACAAGGCCAUGGAGUUGUUGGGGAUGAUGCUGAGGAGGGGCUUUUGGCCUCACCACGCCACAUCAAACGAACUGUUGGUACGAUUCUGUGAAUCUGGAAAACUUGUCGAGGCAGCAUUCGCAUUGUAUGGACUGGUGAACGUGGGAUUCAAGCCCGACCCUCGCACGUGGGGCCUAUUAAUCGAUUCGAAUCUUCGUGAAAGAAGACUUUUGCCUGCAUUUGGAUUGCUGGACGAGUUGUGUUCUCAGUAGCAAAGAUGUGCCACUUCUUUAAGUUCAUAAUAGAGGAGGGGCUCAAUUAGAAAUUUUUUUCCCUCUGUUGAACACAAAUGCCCACUCAUAUGAUUCCAGUCUAACCUUCUCAUUUCUACUUUUUUUGUGUGGAAAUUGUUUCAUAUUUUUAUUGCAAGAUGAGAUUAAUAUCCAACAAUUUUUGUUUGGUCUCUUGUGAGGCUUUUCCAUCCAUUGUGGCUCGGAUAAAAGGAUUGAAAUGAUAUAAAUUGUUCAUGGAGCUGCCCAGGUUCUCUGGUUUUGUUCAUGGAGCUGCCCAGGUUCUCAUUUGGACUGCCCAGGUUCUCUGGUUUUGUUCAUGGAGCUGUUAUGGUUUUGUUAAGUGGAAUGGGUUACAACCAGCCACUUGGAAUUGUUUCUGUGUGGCUUGAACCAACUCCUGUGGUGUUUAGGCUAUGUUUUGCUGUUCUCCAGGGCUGGGCAUUGGCAUCACUGGGUUUGGCUAGGCUACUUCAUUGG